GCUGCUGUUUACUUAUAAAUUCUUAUCUGACCAACUACCGGCAGUUGAAUGCUGAUAAGAACCCUUAAUAGUGAAUGUUUUUCACUUUGGCUCAGAGCUUAAAGUUAUGUCAACUAAACUGCAGCAUAUCCAAAAUCUACGCCACAUCUUUCAACGUUCGGUGGAAUCUGUUCGUCCGGCACAAUUGCUCAGCGAAGCGAACCAGUAUGCUUUGCGGCCGCAGGCAAAUGAAGAUGGUCGUUGCUUAAGUAUACAGAUACAGGGUAAAACAUUGGAUAUUACGCGUAAACACUGCCAUGUAGUCGGUUUCGGCAAGGCCGUGCUCGGCAUGGUAGUUCAGCUGGAGAAGUCGCUUGAAAAGCGAUUAGUGAGUGGUAUACUGAGCAUACCAGUAGGUACAAGGCAACAAUUUGAAGAUGUGCCCGAAAUGCAGCUGUCACCAAACUCAAUUAUUGAAGUUAUAGAAGGCGCACCUAAUAAUCAGCCCGAUGAACACGCAUUCGAGGCUGCUCGACGCAUCAAAGCACUUGCGGCGAGUAUGACUGAAAAUGAUAUACUCUUUGUGCUCAUAUCAGGCGGUGGCUCAGCAUUACUACCGCUACCGCGUCCGCCUUUAACACUACCUGAAAAAAUGCAAUUGGUGCGUCGUUUGGCCAAUUGUGGCGCAAGCAUUGACGAAAUGAAUGUGGUGCGUAUUGCUUUGUCUGACAUCAAAGGCGGAGGCUUGGCAGCAGCGGCACGUAAUGCAUUUGGGGUUAUAUCUUUUGUGAUAAGCGAUGUAGUAGGUGAUCCGGUUGACAUUAUAGCCAGCGGACCCACUUGUGGCGUGAUUUCAAAACGUCAUACAGCAAAGGAAGUCUUGGAAAAAUAUGAAUUGUGGACUGAUUUGUCCGAGCAUAUAAAGGCUUUGGUGGAACAGCCAAAAGCGAAAAUACAAAUGAUGCCAGGUCGAAACAAUUCUAUUUAUAUUGUGGGCGACAAUCGCGUUGCAACAGCAUGUGCGGUGCAAGAGGCGCUACAAUGUGGCUACAAUCCUUUCGUUGCCAGCACCACGGUUGAGGGUGAAGUGCAACAACUUGUUAGUCAGUACAAAGACUUUUUACAUAACAUUUGCAAUUUCCGCAAGGGCACACUUGACGAGCUUGAGUUGAAAAAUCGCUUUCCCUUCGAUACCCGCAUCUUCGAACAUUUCCUGAAAACAUUACUCCUGUGUGAGCGAACCCAGAAACCGUUGCUUCUGAUAUUGGCAGGUGAACCGACAGUUAAGGUCACCGGUAGCGGUUUGGGCGGUCGCAAUCAGGAAUUGGCUUUACGUUUAGCCCUUACAUUGUAUGAGCAUGCAGACAUGGAAAACAUCAUCUUUCUUAGCGCUGGCACGGACGGCAUUGAUGGUCCGACACCAGCUGCCGGUGCUAUUGGUUGUGAUAUAGUGAUACGUGAUUUUCUAAAGGAUACCUCAAUGAAUUUAAACAACGUGCAAACAUAUUUGCAAAAUAGUAAUUCAUACAACUUUUAUAAAAAUUUAAAUGGUGGUGAAUAUCACGUGCUGACGGGUCAUACGGGCACUAACGUCAUGGAUUUGCAAUUGAUGUUAAUACUCUAGAAUUUGCAUAAAAGUAAAAAAAAAGUACUUUAAUGGUAAAGGGUUAAAUGUACAUACAUAAGUAUGUCAUAUAUAUGUAAAAAAUAUUUAUAUUUUAAAUCGUAGAAUUGCGGUAUAGUCAGCUGUAUUUACUGUUGUGAUUGCAUUUAUUUGUAUAGACUGUUCAUCUACUAUAAUAUAAGAAGUGGUGUUGUUAUAGCAGCAUAAUUAUUCUCCAUACAUGUAGGGGGAAUGCUGUUGGAGUGACAGUCUUUGUCUGGAUAUAAAUCGGAUUCGUGCCGCUAACGUAGAACCGAGUGUCGUGGGAACAACAGUAAGUAUUUGUGACUUUUUUUAGGUUGAGAGUUAAUUGCCAAUCUGUCUUCUGUUCGUACUUGUGCAAGCCUCGGAACAAUAACAAAUAUUUAACAGUCGAGAGAGCCCCCUUUUUGCACGUUAUUGGUGAAUAUUUUUCGAAUGCUGCUGAAAUGACAGUCUUGGCCAUAAAUAAAUCUGCGUAGCUCCGAUAAUGUAAAGCCGAUUGUUGAAAAAGUUCCUCGUAAAAAAUAUUUUCCGUUCGGAGUCGGCUUGAAACUGUAGGUGCCUCCAUUUGUGGAACAACAUGAAGACGCACGUCACAAAUAGGAGGAUGAGCUCGGCCAAACACCCAAAAAGUGUGUA